AUGGAUCUGAAGGCACCCAGGAAGUCUCAUCUAAGCAAGUCCAGAAUCAAGGCCCAGGAGAGAUUUGCCAAGAACUUCCCAUACAGGCUGUCCUGGCUGUCAGAGCCUGGCCCGGAGUCACUGAAACCCUGGGAGGUCAAGGACACCACGCAGAAGGAGAAGCUGCCCCCGCAGAAGAAGCUGGUGCCCACCAGGUCCAUCCCAAUCCGAGGGCUCGGAGCUCCAGAUUUUGCAGCCUUAUGGGGCUUCUGUCCGCGGCCAUCGCUGCCUCUGCCACCGCAGCUGUGUAACCUCUGGGAGCUCAAGUUACUCAGCUGUCGCUUCCCCAAACAGCUGGCUCAAGAACUGUCCCUGCUGCAUGCCCAUACUAACCAUCCCUACAUUCCCAAGGAGGCAGCAAGGCCCUCCAGGAGCCUGGUCUAGAGCCCAGAUGCUGGCCAGGCGUCCCUUGGGCUGCCUUCUGGGCACCUUGCCC